AUGACCCUUUCCAACCAUCUUCAACAGCGAACCUGCAACACUGUCACGGACCGCAACACCUCUGCUUCUGAUACAAUUAUGGGACUCGCUGUGUUGCCCCCGGAGCCCGAGGACGACCGGGAAGCAGACCACCAUCAUGUCGAUCUAGACAAUGAAAGCGACAGCGACACAUCGAUGCUUGACCACGAUGGCCGACCAUCCAAACGUGCGAGGCUUGACUCCAAUGUCGCCGGACAAAUCGCGUUGCCUGGCGAGAUAAUCACGGAAGAGACACAGUGGAUGAGAGGACACGGCACCUACAUGACCGAAUAUUCGAGCACAAUCACAGCAACAUUGGCCGGGCCUCUGCGAAAGACGAACAAAUUACUCUCCGUGGCACCGCUUCGAGCGAGAUACAACCCCGAGAUCGGUGACUUGGUGGUGGGGAGGAUAGUCGAAGUACAAAAAAACCGUUGGAAGGUCGACGUCGCUGCCCCUCUACUGGCACAAUUACCCCUCUCGUCAAUCAAUCUCCCCGGCGGGGUCCUCAGGCGAAGGACCACUGCAGAUGAACUUCAAAUGCGAAAUUACUUCCAAGAGGGGGAUCUCCUUGUUGCCGAGGUUCAACAAGUCGGAGGGAACGAUGGCACCGCCAGUCUCCAUACGCGCAGUCUCAAAUACGGAAAGCUCCGCAAUGGAACAUUUCUAGCAGUGUCUGGGACCGGCGGUGGAGGUGGUGUGGUGCGCAGCCGCAGACAGGUCUUCACGAUCAACGGUGGCAUCCAAGGUGGAGGCGACGUCGACGUGAUUUUAGGUGUCAAUGGAUACAUCUGGUUGAGCAAACACGUGGAAGGAGACCAAGACACUAAAACUGCUGGUGGGGUCAGUAUAUCGAACCUCGACGAUGUGGUCAGCAGCGUCAUCUACUCAAGCCAAAACGAUGAUAUUAGCGAGGGAACUCGCAGAGAGAUUGCGCGGCUCUCAGAAUGUAUCAAGGUUCUGGCUGAACAUGGAGUUCGUGUCGACGAGGAUACGGUUAGUAAGAGUUACGAGGCUGCAGUGGAUGCAGACAUGGGGACCGCUGCAAAGGACCAGGAUGGCGCCGGAUUUACUAGCGAAGUCCGACGACGAAUUGUUGAUGCUGCUCUCCAUUAGUGAGAAUCGACUGCUUUUAUCUUGGAACGUUGCGGCGUCAAACCUACGGCCACCGGACUCAACAAAUUCGACAAAGCCUACAUGGAGAAAGGAAAUACAUUGGAUUUCAUUCACAUUGUUGGUAUAUGGGCCAUGAGUCGAAAAGAAAAUCGAGCAAAGGGGCAUCUGGUACGGAGUGAUCAGAACCAACCACUUAUUUCCUCGGUGGGGCCCACCAUAGGCUCCUCGUUUUUGACCUUGAAGCUCUUGGUGCGCCCCCAGAAGCUCUUCUUGGGUUUGGAUAGAGGCGCUCUCAAGGUUCCUCUAUGAAGCCACGAGCCACUCGUCGAACUGACUCGAAUCGCACCAGGCAAACCACGACGGACGGGCUUUCCACCGGCAUAUUUCUUUUGCAAGCCUACCUUCAAUGGCUGAGGUGCCAGACCCAAGUCAGUCAUGUUGGUGAAGCUGGGCAUUGGGUACGCAUACCUAGGCGUGGCCGGGUAGGAAGGCACUGUGUAUGAGCUAGCGUGCGCUAGGUUGGAGUUGAACGAGCUCAUUGCACUCGACCCACGGAAGCUGGAGGGGGGGUACUCAGAAUAUUUGGAUCUGGUGGAAGAUCUGUGAAGGGUUGAACCAUAGUUCGACUCGUCUUGUCUACAAGGCAGUGGCUGUUCAGUGCCUGGUGGCAAAUUUGGCUUUCCCGAUCCAUUACUAUGACGAGAAGCAAUGCGAUGAGAUGGUGCUCGAGUGGGAACAGGCGGGGCGGUGUCAGUGGAUCGCCUACUGUAGGUCGCAGAGUCUCUCGCCGUCUGACGCAGUGGGCUCGGAUCGGUAUCUGACGGCCAAUGUGGCAUACUUGGAGAAGUGAAGUGGGAAGACAUGGCUAGAUGAUGUUUCAAUGGAGAAGUGAUAUUGAGCCAGACGUGACGUACUAGAAUGAUUGAACUGGUGUGGAUGUCUUUUCGCAGGACGCAUAAGGAGUAAAGCGAGACAGAGUGGCGAGCCGCUCUUUUCAACAAGACACAUCCAUUAUGCAGAGGAAGGGUUGGUUUGCUCACCAUUGACGCCUGGGAUUGUGCUGCAUGUCUUCUUUGUCG